AUGACGCCAACCUUCAGUGACUUCUGUCCCCUCUUUCACAUAGAUUUUGCACUGACCGAAGGAAGUACAAUCACUCCUUUGUGCCCAAAAGGAUACUUUCCCUGUGGGAACCUGACCCAGUGCUUACCCCGUGCUUUUCACUGUGACGGCGUGGACGACUGCGGGAACGGAGCUGAUGAGGAGAACUGUGGAGACACUAGUGGAUGGGCGACUCUGUUUGGCACAGUCCAUGGAGAUGCUAAUAAUGUGGCAUUAACACAGGAGUGCCUUUUAAAUGAGUGCCCACAGCGCUGUGACUGCAAAGGAACUGAGUUGGAAUGUAUAAAUGCUGGCUUGACGUCUGUGCCAACCGUUUCCAGCAAUGUGACAUUACUGUCUCUUAAGAAAAACAGUAUUCACAGUCUUUCUGAUAAAGUUUUCAUCAAAUACACAGAACUUAAAAAGAUAUUCCUUCAGCAUAAUUGUAUUAGACAUAUAUCCAGGAAAGCAUUCUUUGGAUUACAUAAUCUGCAAAUACUAUAUCUCAACCACAACUGCAUUACAACUCUCAGACCUGGAGUAUUCAAAGACUUACAUCAUCUAACUUGGCUAAUUCUAGACGACAAUCCCAUAACCAGAAUUUCACAGCGGUUGUUUACUGGAUUAAAUUCCUUGUUUUUCCUGUCUAUGGUGAAUAACUACUUAGAAGCCCUUCCCGAGCAGAUGUGUGCCCAAAUGCCUCAACUCAACUGGAUGGAUUUGGAAGGCAAUGGAAUAAAAUACCUUACGAAUUCCACCUUUCUGUCGUGCAAUUCACUCACAGUGCUGUUUCUGCCUAGAAAUCAAAUUGAUUUUGUUCCAGAGAAGACAUUUACUUCAUUAAAAAAUUUAGGAGAACUGGACCUGUCUAGCAAUAUGAUGAUGGAGCUGCCACCCCACAUUUUCAAAGACCUGAACCUUCUUCAAAAACUGAAUCUGUCGUCCAAUCCUCUUUUGUAUCUCCACAAGAACCAGUUUGAAAGUCUUAAACAGCUUCAGUCUCUAGACCUGGAAAGGAUAGAGAUUCCAAGUAUAAACACACAAAUGUUUCAGCCCAUGAAGAAUCUUUCUCACAUUUAUUUCAAAAACUUUCGAUACUGCUCCUAUGCUUCCCAUGUCCGAAUAUGUAUGCCCUUGACUGACGGCAUUUCUUCAUUUGAGGACCUCUUGGCUAACAAUAUCCUCAGAAUAUUUGUCUGGGUUAUAGCUUUCAUAACCUGCUUUGGAAAUCUUUUUGUCAUUGGCAUGAGAUCUUUCAUUAAAGCUGAAAACAUGACCCAUGCUACGUCCAUCAAAAUCCUUUGUUGUGCGGACUGCCUGAUGGGUGUUUAUUUGUUCUUCGUUGGCUUUUUUGAUCUAAAAUACCGCGGGCAGUAUCAGAAGUACGCGUUGCUGUGGAUGGAGAGCUUACAGUGCCGCCUCCUGGGCUUCCUGGCCAUGCUGUCCACCGAGGUCUCCGUCCUCUUGCUGACGUACUUGACUUUGGAGAAGUUCCUGGCCGUUGUCUUUCCCUUCAGUAACAUCCGUCCUGGAAAAUGGCAGACCUCGGUCAUCCUCAUUUGCAUCUGGAUUGUGGGAUUUUUAAUAGCUGUGAUUCCAUUUUGGAAGGAGGAUUAUUUUGGAAACUUUUAUGGGAAAAAUGGAGUAUGUUUCCCACUUUAUUAUGACCAAACAGAAGAUAUUGGAAGCAAAAGGUAUUCUCUUGGAAUUUUCCUAGGUGUGAAUUUGCUGGCUUUUCUCAUCAUUGUGUUUUCCUAUACUAUUAUGUUCUGUUCCAUUCAAAAAACUGCCUUGCAGACUUCAGAAGUGAGGAAUAACACUGGAAGAGAGGCGGCCGUCGCAAACCGUUUCUUUUUUAUAGUGUUCUCUGAUGCCAUCUGCUGGAUUCCUGUAUUUGUAAUUAAAAUCCUUUCCCUCUUCCGGGUGGAAAUACCAGAAACAAUCACUUCCUGGGUCGUCGUUUUUUUCCUCCCAGUAAACAGUGCCUUGAACCCAAUCAUCUACACUCUGACAACCAGCUUUUUCAAAGACAAGUUGAAACAGCUGCUGCACAAACAUCAGAGGAAAUCGAUUUUCAGAACUUAAAGAAAAAGUUUGUCUACAUCCAUCGUGUGGGCCGAUGACUCCUCUUCACUGGAACUUGGGGUUUUGAACAAAAUAAACCUCGAGGAGAAUAUAGUGAAACCAGUUUCCUAG